UACAUAAUGGACAGCAUCUAUAAAGGACGGAAAACGUUCUGCGAACACCAGAAGACCUUUCCAUACGUUUGCAGUAUACAAAAUCAGGGACUAGAAUGCAGUGGACAAGUGGGACGGGGUUCCUUCUAAAGUUUGCCCUGCUGCUUGCGGUCUGUGGGUCAUGUUCAUCCGUGGACCUGGAUGAUGUUAGACGAGAUGAUUUAGACUACAAUGUAAAACUUGAAAUGUACGGAAUUAUUCAAAAAGAGUACGCCAAGAUGGUCUUCCGUCAAGAGGCUUGUGAGGAUAAAAUCAAAUCAUUCGUUGAAAGCUGCAAUGCAUGUCCCAGUCAAAGUCCUCAGGUGAUAGAAGAAAGAGAUCUUUUAGGUGCCAUCUUAGAAAAGCUGAAAGCAAAAUCCGACAGACUUAUCAAGGACUUGAAAAAGUUUAGAGACAAGAUUCUGAAAGGUUUGGAAGGAUUUCUGAAGAAAGCAACAGAUAAAGCCAAAAACUUGCUGAAAAAAGUUAUAGAUUUCUUUAAAAAGAAGAUAUUUCCAAAACUGAAAUUACCUAAAAUUAAAUUACCAAAAAUCAAAUUGCCUAAAAUUAAAUUACCAAAAAUCAAACUGCCUAAAAUUAAAUUACCGAAAAUUAAAUUGCCUAAAAUCAAAAUUAAGUUGCCUAAAAUCAAAUUGCCUAAGAUCAAAUUACCAAAACUUAAAUGGCCUAAAAUCAAAAUACCAAAAAUUAAAUUGUCUAAAAUUAGCCUGAAGAAAUUAUUCAGAGGGAAACAUGGCUCGUCUUUCGACUGCCAGAGAUGUGAACAACUUCAACAUGACAGCGAAGUAGGCACCUUGAAUAAAGUGUGUGGGAGUGAUUUUUCGAGGAAAUUAGAAGAAAAUCAAAAGAUGCUGGGAAAGUUGUCGGAUUUAGAGAGAGCAAUGAUUAGUGGCAGCAACUUUAUUGUGAAGGUCACAUUCCAAGAAAUUCCACCUUCCAUCGCAAAAAUUACCAACGUGGAGUACCAAAUUCCCGGCAACAGCAUCGUAUUUAAGUAUUUGGCUGCAGGUGAAAAUAUCAAUCUUAUGGACUGGGAGCAAACACCCAAAACCCUGGCUCCAAAACUCUUUGAUGAUUAUGUAUUUUCAUGAGCAUGACCAUUAAAUGACGUUUUCUUGUAACAUCUUUAGUAAUAAAUACUAAGCAUUUGUUUA